AAGUGCCAGAAGCACGGUAGAGGAUUAUAAUCGUUUUUAUAGAAUACAUUAAGUGUGCCUAUAAAUAAAUUAAACUUUUAUAUUAAUGGCUGCGAAUUGGAUAAAAAUUACUGAGAGAGCACGAGAGGGUAUUAAAAUUAUAAAUGCGUUACCAUAUGAUACUUUUACAACAGUGCUAAGUUUUGUCCAUCGGCAAAUGAUACCUGCGACAACUGAGGACGCUAUAGAGCCAGAAAAUGCUUUGGAGGAAUUGGAACGUUUAGUUGGUGUACCACGUGCCGAUUUUCUUCUAAUGAUUAAAACUUUUUCCUACAUUUUACGACGCACGUCUACAUUUGUCAUCAAACCAACCCGAUUGCACGCUGAAUUACGAGAAAAGUUGCAGCUUCAAGAUGAUGCGAAAAUCGAUGCGAUUGUUAGGUUAUGGGUACGCCAAACAACACCAAUCAUGAAUAGUUUGGCUUGUGAACGUUAUGAAUCAAAUGAGAUACAAGAUGUUGCAUGGAAACUAAAUGUGGAAAUCUCAUCACAUUGUGAGCAACGUGAGAAAAAUGCCUUAGCCAUGUUGCAAUUAAAAACAGGUACAGGCGAAGACAUCAAUUUGGAGAUGAACCAUGAAGAGUUGUUGCAAUUAUAUAAUCAGUUCGAGUGUAUUCAAAACGAAUUAGAUGCCUUAAAACAUCAACAGACGGAGCAAAAGGCUUAGAAAUUUAUAGAAAGUAAAUUCGUGAGUACGUUCAAUUUAUAAUAACAUUAGUAUUUAUUGUUAAAUUAAGUUAAACUUAGUUUAGUAAAAUUUCACUGAAUUUUGUAAUACGUUUGGUGACAUUAGUUAGGAAAAUUUAAUAGACUUUUGUAAAACAAUUAAUGAAAAGUAAUUUUGGUGCAAGGAAUGCAAUGCAAUUAGUCGGCAUUACUUGUAAAAAAUCGCGACCUUGUAGUAAACUCAGGAAACGGGAAUACCUCUUAUUUGAGAAAUAUUGCUCUUGGUAAUUCCCAACUUUAAACUUGAAAUGAAUUACAUUGGGCUAAUUAUAUCACAUGAUAUUAUCAAUACUUCAGAUAGUGGGUGGCUGGCCCAGCUAACAUCGUUUCUUAUAUAGGCGAGCAGGCCAACCCGAAUGUUGGAUCA